CACCUUUUCCGGUAACACAGCACCGCCACCGCUGUGACUGAACGGCUGGAGGGAGAGAGGGAAGAAGAGAGCCAGAGAGCGGCGAGCGCGGGGAGAAACGGCCCGGGGACUGGGGGAUGAUUGCCGCAGACGGAGGGGGAAGAGAAGAAAGUCGGGCGAAUCAAUGACCUUUUCGAGCGCUCUUCCUCUGGAUGUCCCGGUGCAGAAACAGACUGGAGAGCUCCUCUUUUGGCGUGUUUUACUCACAUCUGCGCUUUGAAAUCCAUCGACUGGAAUUGACUGAGGGCAAGUGUGGACAGCCGGCAGCCAAGGAGGAAGUGGGAACCCCGGGCUUGGACUGGGCCUGAUUUAUAUAGAAGGCUUUUUGUAAAAAAAAAAAAAAAAAAAUCAAACCAAAAAAAAGGGAGAAAGAAAGAAAAUAAAUACUGUGUAUGAAGACCAGCUCAAGUGAGAGUGACUGGAUUUCUGAAGGGGACUUGUGUGGAUUUUGACGGAAGUCUGAAACAAGGGGAUGUAAUUUUUUCUUCUUACAUCGGAGGGCAGUGGAUCAUGAAAAUACAUCCCCACCCAAUUCUGCGAGGGCUCCACGCACACCGCUCCCACUGAACGCUCAAAGUCACCCGCUCAGGUCAGAUCACCAGAGUCCACCUAAUUGCUGCUGUCUGUCAUCCAACUGUAGCAACUUGAAAGCCUUUUGAAUACUGACCCUUGUGUCAGCAGCCGUCACGUGGAGGGCUCUGAGCACACACUGUAACCUGUAACUUCCCAGCUGUACUGAAAGCAACUUCUCUGCUCUCACGGGAGAAGUCCUGUUUUUCUUUUAACAAAGUAUUUAUGCACAGCAAACAAGAUGGGGAAAGUGCUCGCAAAGAUUUUUGGCAACAAGGAGAUGAGAAUAUUGAUGCUUGGACUUGAUGCUGCUGGUAAAACUACCAUCUUGUACAAGCUGAAGCUUGGACAGUCGGUCACCACCAUCCCCACUGUCGGGUUCAACGUGGAGACCGUCACCUAUAAGAAUGUGAAGUUCAACGUUUGGGACGUGGGGGGCCAGGACAAGAUCAGGCCGCUUUGGAGACAUUACUACACUGGCACCCAGGGCCUCAUUUUCGUGGUGGACUGUGCCGACAGGGACAGGAUCGAUGAGGCGAGGCAGGAGCUCCACCGGAUCAUCAACGACCGGGAGAUGAAGGACACCAUCAUCCUGAUCUUCGCAAAUAAACAAGACCUCCCGGAUGCCAUGAAGCCCCACGAGAUCCAGGAGAAGCUAGGCCUGACCCGGAUCAGAGAUAGGAAUUGGUACGUUCAGCCCUCGUGUGCGACAUCAGGGGAUGGACUAUACGAGGGCCUGACCUGGCUUACCUCAAAUUAUAAAUCUUAAUGUUUCUCCCUUCACCAGCCUGGAGAGUCGGAGGCAAGAAAGAGUAGCUGAGAAUGAAAACAUGAGGAAAAAAAAAUGCAAUCUGAAGCAAUUAAUACCAUGACCUCUCUGCUGAGUAUAUAUGUCGAAGAGAGUAGCAAUUAUAUUUUGUUUUAUUUUUCUUUUUGAUAAUGAUGACUUCACUAUAACCCCAGAUUUCAUUUAAACAAAAGACAAAUUGUUUUUUGGCUGGCUUUCGUUUUAGUAGUUUGCUUUGGUUCACAUUCUGUAUAAUCAGUACUGUUUAAAUAUACGAUAAGCUUACUUUUGAGCUCUUGGUGCAAAUUCUUUUGUUUUCCUCCUCCUUUGUUUUGUUGUAUGAUUUCUUUUAGGGGACUUUUGGCACUCGCUCUGUAUGGUUUCGCCCCUGCUUUGCUCUCAUUCAGUAUUCUCAUGACCCAGCUACGGAUCCAAAGGAUGGGAACGUCCAGAAACCUACAUCAGCAUAUCACCGUCAUGGCUCAAACUGCCUCUGUCAUUUGUAAGAAUGUGUAUUAUGGAUAUGUUAGGACCUCGAAAAGAAGUAACUGUUUUCAUAAUUGAUUGUACUGGGAUGAUUGAAGAAGUGUGUUCGUACUUGUUUCCUGUGCAGUGAUUACAUCCAUCGUGUCUCCUGUGGCGGUUUGUUUGGAAGACGCUCCGUGGACGCUGGAUUUUCACACACACUGUGAUAUGGAUAUAUACUUUUGUUGUUUCAGGAUCUGAAUCUGUUACCACCAGUCUUAUUAUCGCCUCUUCCGUUUCUCCCAGAGCUUCCAUUACUGUUCGGUGUUUGUAGUUUCAGCUGCCUUAGGGGGGACCCGGGUUACAGGUGCCCCAAAAUCAAGACCGUUACCGCGGCAGAGCUUACGCUCGACUGCCGAGUUUGCACUUUGGGAUGGAGGUGGGGGGGGGGGGGGGGGGGGUUGGGGGUUAGCAGCUGGCUGGCUGUGCACAUUCAGGUUUUCUGUGACUGACUUUUGGACCCCAGCAAGUGUUUCAAACAUUCCCAACCCCCCACCACCUCCAGUGUAGGUGCUUCAGUGACUGCAACCCUCCUCUUCUACUUUUCUUUCUCUUUUUUACCCGUCAUCAUCUCCCUGUACACUUUAAGGUCCUGCAGUGACACCAACCUUCUGUUAAUAGUUCAUAGAUACUGCUCUGUUUUAUUUUUGUUCCCUUUUUUGCUAUGCUGAUGAAAUAAUAAAAAAAUAUAUCCAGAUCA